CAUUAACAAGAGCAAGAGCAAAAGCUUUGGCUCAUAUAAUCACUAUGACAAAAUCCGAAACCACUCUUUCGAAGUUAUUGGUAGAAUCUGAAUUUUGCCAAGAAUGUAAGGAGUUGCUGUCUUCUCUUCCUAGAGACAGAAGCUUUUAUGCAGAGUAUCUCUAUCAAUACCAAGGAUUUUGGUACCCACCAAAUCUCUUAGAAGGUGUUCUAUACAGCCAGAAGCAUUUUCAGGCAAGAGAUUCAGACAUCAUCCUUGUAAGCAGUCCUAAAUCAGGUACAACUUGGUUGAAAUCACUCGUCUUUGCUCUGAUUCAUAGACAGGAAUUCCAAACCCCUCUAGAAUCCCAUCCUCUGCUCGAUAACAACCCGCAUACUCUCGUGACCUUUAUCGAAGGUUUCCAGUUUCACACUCAAGAUACUUCUCCUAGUAUCUACUCUACACACAUUCCUCUAGGGUCACUCCCAGAGUCUGUUAAGGACUCGUCCUGUAAAGUGGUGUAUUGCUGCAGGAACCCAAAGGACGCGUUUGUCUCACUUUGGCAUUUCGUGAAACGUUUGACUCUCAAGGAGAUGGUUGGAUGCACAAUGGAGGAAAUGGUGAGUGGGUUUUGCAAAGGGUCUAGCGUUUAUGGACCCUUUUGGGAUCAUGCAUUAGAGUACUGGAAAGAGAGCCGAGAAAACCCAAAAAAGGUUAUGUUUGUUAUGUAUGAGGAGAUGAGAGAGCAGCCUCAGAAUUCGUUGAUGCGGAUCGCCGAGUUCUUGGGAUGUUCUUUUACAGAGGAAGAGAUAGAGAAUGGAGUUCUGGAAGAUAUCGUGAAGCUGUGUAGUCUUGAGAAUCUGAGUAAACUGGAGGUUAAUGAGAAGGGUAAGUUAUUGAAUGGAAUGGAGACUAAGGCAUUUUUUAGGAAAGGAGAGAUUGGUGGAUGGAGAGAUACUUUAACUCCUUCAUUAGCAGAGGAAAUUGAUAAAACCACUGAGCAGAAACUAAUUGGUUCUGAUUUUAGAUUCUUUUGCUAAGAAUCUGCUUAAUCAAACUUAGUCCACAAUUUCUUGAGUUUUUUUUUUUUAAAGUUGGUUUAAUAUGCAUUAAUACAAGUAAGGUUGUUGACUUCUUGUGAUGGACCAAACUGGUCUGUUGACAAAUAAAACUAUUAUUAUCUUUGAUU